AUGUCUCCAACUGUGAAGAAAUCUGAAUUGGAUAAAUCACCAUUUCACAGUCCUUCUCCUCAAGACACAUCUCCAAGAAUCAGCGGCUUUACUCAGCAUCACAGGCCGGUCAUAGCUGUGCACAGUGGUCUGGCACGCAGUCCCCAUACCUCCACAACAUUACACUUCCCCCCUUCCUCCUUACUUCCCCAGGCUGCUUCUACGUACUUCCCACACACAGCAAUCCGCUAUCCUCCUCACCUCAACCCUCAGGAUCCCCUGAAAGACUUGGUAUCCCUUGCCUGUGACCCGUCCAACCAGCAACCUGGCCCGCUGAAUGGGAGCGGCCAGGUGAAGGUUUCAAGUCACUAUAUCUCCACGCAGAUGCUGGCCCCACCUCCUCCCGGAAUGCCCCGUCUUGCAUUGCCCUCCGACACCAAAUCUACUACUGCAUCUGAUGGGGGUACCUCUUCACCCACUUCUCCAACGUAUUCUGCCCCUAGUACACCUCCUGCAAACCGAUCCUUUGUAGGACUAGGUCCAAGGGACCCUAGCAGCAUUUAUCAGCCUCAGUCUUGGUACUUGGGAUAACAGUCUUGACCUACCUUCCAUCUAAUGGAACCAUCAGACAGAAAAUGAGGUUUUCUUCAUAGGUCCAAA